AUGCCACAUGGGAAGGUUCUGAACUCCACCCUGCUCUUACUCCUCAUCGUCUUCGCCACAGCCCGCGGUCGCUCAUACCCUCGCUUCUCCCGUAAUGACACUGAAUUCCAGCACCUGGUGCUCCACCCAGACCCCUCCGUGGGGACGGUGUACGUGGGGGCCAUGGACCACCUCUUCCAGCUGGACGGAUCUGACGGACUCCGGCUGGAGCUGGAGGAGACGACCGGUCCCGUGAGCGACAGCAAAGACUGCCUGCCCCCAGUGACCGAGUCCAACUGUCCCCAAGCCAGGAGGACCAGCAACCACAACAAACUACUUCUGGUGGAUCCAAAGGCGCUGGAUUUGAUCACCUGCGGUAGCAUCCAUCAGGGCACCUGCCAGAAACGCAGCCUGGCGUCGAUCAAAAAGGUCCGCUUCUCCACCGAGAGGCCCGUGGACACGCAGUACGUCGCCGCCAAUGACCCAUUGGUGUCGACCGUUGGGCUGGUGGUGGGGAUUCGCGGCGGGGAGAGGACAGUGAUGUAUGUGGGUAGGGGCUACACCGCCAGCCACCCGCCCAUCUCCACCCGCCACCUCUCGUCAGAGCCUGUCUUCUCCUACGAGGAGACAGCCAAGCUGGCGGUGGCAGGGCGCCUGUCGGAAUACGACCAUCACUUCGUGAUGGCGUUCACGCGGCGCACGUAUGUGUACUUCUUGUUUUACCGCCGUGAUAUCAAGUCGGCAUCAAGGGAAUACCGGACCUAUGCCGCCAGAGUGUGUCUGGACGACACCUCCUACUAUUCCUACGUGGAAGUUCCUCUGGUCUGCCGGUCCACUUCCUCUCCCUCCAGGACUUACAACCUGCUCCAGGCUGCCCAGGUGGGACAAGGCGUCGGCCGGGAAGGCGAGGAUCUGCUGGGAGUCUUUUCCACCCGCGCCGGCUCCACAAACAACGCUGCCUUAGACGCCUCGGCUCUAUGCGUCUACCCUCUGGAUGAGCUGGACGGACACAUCAACUCCACCCGCGACCUCUGCUACACCCAGGACGGCCGGGUGGAGGGAAAAGGAGAGGUGGCCUACAUAGAGUAUGAGGUCAAGUCCAGCUGCGCCAACCUGCCCAUGAAUACCCUCAAGGCGUAUCCCUGCGGCUCCGACCACACCCCCAGUCCCAUGGCGAGCCGUGCGCCACUGGAGGCCAGGGCCGCGUGGCACACCUCGGCCGCCCGUCUCACUGCGGUGGCCAUCAGUGUCAGAGAUGGUCACAGCAUCGCCUUCCUCGGAGACUCCAAAGGCACUCUGCACAAGGUAUAUCUGGGCCAAGACGGCCAGGUGGAGGUCUACGCGAACACGACGAUCCAAAUCAACUCGCCCAUCAACGGUGACCUUUUAUUGGACCAGACUGGAACACACAUCUAUGUCAUGACCAAGACUUCUGUAGAGAAGCUUCCAGUGGCAGAAUGCGGUGACCACCUGGACUGUCAGUCCUGUCUGUCCGCCAAAGACCCCUACUGUGGCUGGUGUGUCCUGGAGGGACGGUGUGGCCAGCGCCAGGAGUGCCAGCGAGGGUCCGUGCGUGGCCAGUGGCUGUGGAGUUUUAACCGGACGCAGCAGUGCCUCAGUAUCCAGCGUCUCAGCCUCUACAACAUCAGCCGCGGGGAGAAAACCGAUAUUACGGUGUCAGUAGAGGGCCUCCCAAGUCUAGGAAAAGGAGAGGCCUACUCUUGCUUCUUCCAGGACACAGAAGCUCCUGCUUCACUCACUAACAGUGGAGUGAUAUGCUCGACCCCUGAUGCCGGCAGUCUGCCCCCCAUUAGCCAUGGAGAUGAGUUCGUGAUGGUGGCCCUGUCGCUGCGUUUCGCAAACGUGACGGUAGCGGAGACCGAAUUCACCUUCUACGACUGCAGCUUGGUGCAGCAGCUCUCUGGACGCAGGCCAUGCCAAGGGUGUGUCAGCAGUCGCUGGGGGUGUAACUGGUGUAUCCACCAGCACGUCUGCACGCACAAACACACCUGCAGCCGAGGAGUCACCAUCUACAACCACAAUUUCAAACCGCCAACACCCACCAUCGCAUCACCCGCCAGACAUCUGACCCCUUUACCUCCUACUGUCCGUGCUGCUGCAACAACAACAACAACAACACAGUCGUCCCCCAUAGAGACUCCCACCCCCACCACAACAGCUGUCCCAUUAACUUCCGCCGCGACGAUGCCACCGACCACCCCUACCGCCUCACCCACCUCCCCCCUCGCCCUGGCCACAACCUCCUCCUUUGUCGGGAUCUUCAGCCAGGCCACUACGGCGCGCACCGACGUCCCCGUCACAAGCGAGGGGACGACAGAGGGAAACGGCGGCAUUGCAAGUUUCUCAGAGGCCGAGGAGGCCGAAGGCUUGAAUAUCACUGACAAAAGCCCGCACACUACGUUACCCAGCAGCACUAGCGAAAAGGUAGACCAUGACCAUGACCAUGGGUUUUUAGAGCUGUCUGGUGAAGCAUUUGUUUCUUCCUCCGAUGUAAACCCGACCACCUCCGGAGAAGUGUCCCGUUUAAUAGACCUCUCCGUCAGUGGCGCGAAGGACACCAUUCCUCCAGCCGGCUACGAAGAGAAUGACUCGUAUCCGCGGCUGAGUGGGGGGGAGGAGCCUGCCGUGGACUCCGCAACAGGUCCAUCCCCUGCAGGCGCCAGCGGAAAGCCGGCCAACUUCACGCAAUCGCCUGAAACAGUUAUCCACCCGAUCUCUAAAUCUGCAGCAGACUUCCAAUCCGAUUCUUUGACCGACUCGUAUUUCCCGGAGUGUCCGUGUGUGGAGAAAGUGCAGGACUCCUCUCUCCUCCCUGUCAACGUGGAGAGGAAGGUCACUCUGGUGGGACAACACCUGAACCUGUUUCAGGACGAGAACUUGGACUACGAGUGUGUGCUGGACGUUGAGAACCAGUCAGUGGUGGUGGACGCCUCCGUGGAGCCGGACGCCACUCAACCAUCGGCCUUUUCCAUCACCUGCCGACCCCACCAGUACGCCUACUCCGCCCCGAUGGAGGAAUACCUGGCCUCCAUCAACGUGAGGAGGAAGAACUACUUCCUCAUCGACAGCGCCGAGGAUCUGUAUGUGACUCUGUUCAACUGCUCCGUGGGCCGGUCGGACUGCAGCCGGUGUCGCACCGCCGACCCCAAGUACGGCUGCGUCUGGUGCGGCGGCGCUGCCGGCUCUCGCUGUGUGUACCGGGACUCCUGCGCCGAGGAGGUCAAACACACCUGUCCCGCGCCCGUCAUCCACUUCCUGGACCCGGUGUCCGGUCCCGUGGAGGGAGGGACGGUCGUGACUAUCUCGGGCUCCAACCUCGGCCAGAGAGCCGAAGACAUCCAGAACUCGGUCACGGUGGCCGGGGUCCCCUGCAGCGUCAUCCACAGCCGAUACGAAGUCUCCUCGAGGAUAGUGUGCGAGACCACCAGCAGCGGGGGGGAGAAGAGCGGCCAGGCCUCGGUCAAAGUGAGGGGGGGGGGACUCGGACUGUCCGCUCAGAUCUUCAGCUUCCAGGAUCCCGUACUGAGCGGCAUCUUCCCACAAAGAGGGCCCAAGGCGGGGGGCUCCUCUCUCACCAUCAGAGGCCGGAGACUGAGGACCGGACACCCGGGCGAGGUCGGCGUCCUCAUCGGAGGAGUGCCGUGCGUGGUGCUCAGCAUCCAGGAGGAUCAGAUCAGCUGUCUGACCAGAGGCAGCAACAGAACAGGCCAGCACAGCAUCACUGUACGGUUUGGUGGCACGGAGCGCCACCUACAGGGCCUGGUGUAUCAUUACACCCCCAACCCCAACAUCUCAAUGGCUGCUCCGUCCAAAAGCUUCUUCAGCGGAGGCCGAAUCAUCAGGGUCUGUGGUCAGAACCUGGAUGUGGUCCAGGAGCCGAAAAUCAGGGUGACCCUCAGUCCCCCUGACACGCUCCCUCCCAGGAGGAGGAGGAGGAGCACCCGUGGGAGGAGUGAAGGGAGCCCGACCAGAGGACAGGAUCGUCGGGGUCCCCUGAAGAGAUGGAGGAGGAUCGUCCCGGAGGUGGACUGCCCCGAGGGCACGCUGUGUCAUGUCAAACAGUACGAGGCUCGCUGCACAGUGAAUGGCUCCACCCUCAUCCUGUGUCCGACUCCAGCGGUGGGUACAGAGGCCAGGAGGGCCAGGGUCAAAGUUCACUUCCUCUUGGACAGCCUCCAUUUUGACUUCAGCGCCGUGGGGAACGAGGCCUUCCGCUAUGAGCCCAACCCACAGCUCUACCUGCUGAGCCAGAAUGACCCCAGCAAACCGUACCACCACAAACCCGGCAGCAUCAUCUCCGUCGAGGGAGAGAACCUGGAUCUAGCGAUCUACAAGCAUGAGGUGGAGGCCCGGAUCGGGGCGGGCGUGUGUUCCGUGAAGACCCUCACGCACAACCACUUGUACUGUGAGCCGCCAGCUCAGCAGCCCUCAGUCACGACCGGCAACAAGCAGGAGGGCAUGGACAGUCUGCCCGAGUUCACAGUGAAAAUGGGGAACCUGAACUUCUCUCUGGGCAGAGUGCAGUACGACAGCCAGGCCCAGUCCACGUUUCCUCUGGAGGCUCAGGUGGGGGUCGGGGUGGGAGCCUCCAUAGUGGCUCUCAUUGUGCUCAUCAUAGUCCUCAUAUACAGGAGGAAGAGCAAACAGGCCAUGAGGGACUAUAAGAAGGUGCAGAUCCAGCUGGAGAACCUGGAGACCAGCGUGAGAGACCGCUGUAAGAAGGAGUUCACAGACCUGAUGACGGAGAUGAUGGACAUGUCCAGCGAUCUGGUGGGUUCAGGGAUCCCCAUCCUGGAUUACCGGGCGUACGCCGAGCGCAUUUUCUUCCCCGGCCACCAGGAGUCGCCGCUGAGACGAGAUCUGGACGUCCCCGAGAGUCGAAGGCAGACUGUGGAGCAAGGGCUGGUUCAGCUCUCCAAUCUGCUCAACAGCAAACUCUUCCUCACCAAGUUCAUUCACACUCUGGAGGUCCAGCGGACGUUCUCCCCGAGGGAUCGGGCCUACGUGGCCUCCCUGCUGACCGUAGCCCUGCACGGUAAACUGGAGUACUUCACGGACAUCCUGAAGACGCUGCUCAACGACUUAGUGGAACAGUAUGUGGCCAAGAACCCCAAGCUGAUGCUCAGGAGAACGGAAUCAGUGGUUGAGAAGCUUCUGACGAACUGGAUGUCCAUCUGUCUGUUUACCUUUCUGAGGGAAUCGGCGGGGGAGUCGUUCUACAUGCUGUUCAGAGCAAUAAAGCACCAGGUGGACAAGGGACCCGUGGACGCCGUGACGGGAAAAGCCAAGUACACGCUGAACGACAACAGGCUGCUGCGAGAGGACGUGGAGUACCGCACGCUGACCCUAAACGUGGUGAUGCCAGUCAGCGAAGGCACCGCCACGCCGACGGUGCCGGCCAAAGUCCUGGACUGUGACACCAUCACCCAAGUGAAGGAGAAACUCCUGGAGCAGACCUGGAAGGGAACCUCCUUUUCCCAGAGGCCACACGUCGACUCGUUGCACCUCGAGUGGCGUGCGGGUGUCGCAGGUCACCUGAUCUUGUCGGAUGAGGAUCUGACAUCGGUAGUGCAAGGCUUGUGGAAGCGCCUCAAUACAUUGCAACACUACAAGGUCCCCGACGGAGCGACGGUGGCCCUCGUCCCCAGGAACACCAAGAACCACCUGCACGACAGCCACGAUUACAUGCCCGGAGAAAAGACCCCCAUGCUGGACGACGGGGAGGAGGGAGGAGUGAGGCUCUGGCAUCUGGUGAAAGCCGGCGAGGAGUCGGAGCUGCCCAAGCACAGGAGGGGCAGCGUGAGGGAGCGGGGCGGCGAGAGGGCCAAGGCCAUCCCCGAGAUCUACCUCACGCGGCUGCUCUCCAUGAAGGGCACGCUGCAGAAGUUCGUGGACGACUUGUUCACGGCGAUCCUCAGCACCAGUCGCCCGGUGCCUCUGGCGGUCAAAUACUUCUUCGACCUGCUGGACGAGCAGGCUGUGAAGCACAACAUCGUGGACCCCGAGACCAUCCACAUCUGGAAGACCAACAGCUUGCCGCUGCGGUUCUGGAUCAACAUCCUGAAGAACCCGCAGUUCAUCUUCGACGUGCAGACCUCGGACCACGUGGACGCCGUGCUGUCCGUCAUCGCCCAGACCUUCAUGGACUCCUGCACCAUCGCCGACCACAAACUGGGACGGGACUCCCCCAUCAACAAGUUGCUGUACGCCAGAGACAUCCCGCGCUACAAGCAGAUGGUGGAGAGGUACUACGCAGACAUCCGUCAGACCAUCUCCGCCAGUGACCAGGAGAUGAACUCUGCUCUGGCCGAGCUCUCUCGCAAUUACGCUGCCGAGGUCAACUGUCUUGUGGCGUUACACGAGCUGUACAAGUACAUCAACAAAUACUACGAUCAAAUCAUCACGGCCCUGGAGGAGGACGCCACCGCCCAGAAGAUGCAGCUCGGUUACCGGCUCCAACAGAUCGCCGCGGCUGUAGAAAACAAAGUCACAGACCUAUGACCCAAAGGACGGGAUCCAACUCGCCCUUUCCCCUCCAGGUGAUGGACGACGAUGGGGACGAAGUCCUCCCUCGUUCUUCUCAAGACGGAGGAGCACAAAGGAACAAAGGAACACUGCCACACGCCGUGAUGUUGCUGUCAUUUUGACGGACUGAUUUUUAGCGAAGGGAGAGAUUGUCUUAACCGGAUCCCCGAAUACUGCGCCAUGUUUCCUGUCCCGUGUCUACAGGAAGACGCCGAGCUGAGGGCGAAAAAAAGAAGAACAUGUGAAAUGAAGCACAUAUGACACAAUAUGAAAAAGCGAUCGUUAUUUGUUCCUCCGCGCCCCGGUGGGCUCGAGGGUCUUCCUGACUGCACCGAACAGUCCUCCAAGUUUCCAGCUCCACGUCGUCGUCGUCUGCUGUCGGCGAGCCAGAGGAGAGAAGAGGGGGACAAUGGGGACUUAAAUGUUUCUCCUCCACGACAUGUCGAAGUCUUACAGGAAGGACGGACCGAUACAGGCCGAGCACCGUGGAGGCCGGAGCCAUGUUUUCAUUCUGCUCCGUCUUCCUUAAAUCAUUCUACGAGUCUUACUCCAUGACUUGC